GAUUCAUUAGCUCUCAAAACUUGAGAGGGGUUUACGAGUUAAACGUUACUCGGAUCAAAGUAACAGAAGCCGUCGUAAAUAAGCUAGUCACUUUAUACAAGAGCGUAAAUAAGUUAUUGAAUAAGCCCACUUCCAUGAAGCCCUAAAUAAAAAAUAUUGACAUGUAUUCUAACAAAUUUUUUGCUUAUUUUACAAACGUUAACAAGUAUAGAUUAGCUAAUACUCAUCUAAGGGUUUGAUUCUCUCACAAAUUCAAUUAUUGUUCACUCAUAACGUAAAUGUGUAGAGUCACUUGUGAGUGAGCUAUUAAGUUAUUCAUUGUUGGAGUUCAUUUGAGCAAGACUAUAUAUAUAUCACAAUUUUAUAUAAGAAUGUACAAUAAGGUGCUAUUCUAGUGAAUAUCAUACGUAAAAAAAUUCACUAUUCGAAAUUUCAAUUUAAAUUUGCUCAGUAAAAAAUGAAGUAACAUUAACAUCGAAAAUUCAUAGCAAUGUAAGGAAUAAGUGUCCCCGUGUUAACAUGAAUGGUCCUAGUUUAUAUCAAUCGGCGUCUCUGAGUUAUCAACUUUAUUGGUUAGGAUUCUCACACGCGACUCAUCCACUUAAAUCACAUUUACCAGCACUUGAGAAGGAAAUUCAGUAACUUCGAGGCCUGGUAUGACCCCUCUAUUUGGUCCUCUGUCCAUUCAAACUAAUGAAUCUCACAAGAGAAGUCGAUUUCGGACCAACUCGUGGAAGGGGUCUUGUUGCUACUCAAUUUAUAAAUCCUGAAGACAUCCUUUUUUCAGAAGAUCCUCUAAUAUGCUGUCAGUUUUCAUGGAACAAGCUCUAUGGAUAUAAAGCUUGUGAUCAUUGUUUGUGUCCACUUGAAACAUCGGAGGAGAAUAUAAGGAGACUUACUAACAAUCCAUCGCUUGUAUUACCUUAUUCAGAGGCAUCAUUUCACUGUAACCAAGCUGUUCACUGUCCUAAUUGCUUAGUUAACUACUGUUCUCCUAACUGUCUCGAAUCAGCUGCUCUUACAUAUCAUUCUCCAUUGUGUAUGGCACCCAUUGAAAAAGGCAAGGAAAAUCCAUUAGAAAAAUUGGACAUAAUCUGGCGACAGUCUCAUUAUCCUCCAGAAAGUGGCACUAUCUUUUUGCUUGUUCGCAUUGUUGCCGCAUGUCUAUCAGCGUGUCUUAUUGGUUCAUCGACCUCACAGCAUUUAGUCGAAGCACUAAAGCAGUUUGUUUCUAGUACAAGUGCAAUAAUCAAUGAAAAUGGUAUUCUCUAUCAUCAAAUACUUGGUGAUCAGUUUUCUACACAUAUUGAAGAAAUUCAUAGUGCAUUUAUUGAAGUACUCUUAUUUUUAUGUCAAAAGUUUAGUCAUGCUACAUCAUAUGAUGAAUGCAUUCAAACCCUGCAAAAAGCUGGAAUAAAUACAUUAUUAGAGAAAGAUCAUUUUACAAGUGCUUUAUGUCUGAUUAGUCGUAAUGGUCAAGGUAUUGCAACAAGUGCUUUCAGUGUUUGGGUUAAUCAGUCUGGAAAAUUAGUCGAUACGACGAAUGAAAAAACAUCUAAUGAAUAUAAUCUCUUUAUCGACCAGCUAUAUUCGGCAAUUGAUGAUCACGUCGGUUCUUUCUUGGACAACGAAGGAGUGGGUUUAUAUUACUAUCAAAGUCGAAUUAAUCAUAGUUGUUCACCAAAUGCAAUAAUUCGUUUUAGUGGAGUCAACAGUCGAUUAUCUGUGGUUGCAUUGACAUCGAUUCAAGAAGGUGAAGAAAUCACUAUCUCCUAUUUGGAUCAUUGUCUACAAUCACGUGGUCGUCACACAAGACGUAAACACUUAUCAUCAAACUAUCUGUUUUGGUGUAAUUGCCCCAAGUGUGAAAGGGAAAAGAUUGAUGGUGCAUUAAGCGUAACAUCUUCAUCUGAAGACGAUGAAGAUGGUGAUAACUAUGGUACUCAACAAGACGAAUUCAAAUGAUUUCAUGAAAACUCAUCAUAUCCGUCAUCACUCAACCACUCACCUUCAAUACACAUGAAAACGAAUAUUAUUCAAUGGAAUAGGCUAUUUUGACAGAACCCUUGUAUGCUAAUUUGUGUAAAAUAAAAUUCAGAUUAUGAACAGUCCUCUUGUGUGAACGCCUGUUCUGUUGUU